UAGAUUUCGGUGCGGCGCGCACCGUAUACGCGGCAUAAUAGAGGCGCAACAGUUUUCCGGAGAGGUGCCGCGAAAUAUCGUCAGUCGACCGCGAAUCGUGUACCCACAAUAACUGCUCAUUAUAAAUCUAUAUUUAUAAUAAUUAUACCUGCCCAGCUUUAUACCCGUGUGCGCGAUCAGACUAGCCCGUAAAACUUUGUCACCGUCAUGUCCGUAGGCGACCUGAACUUGACGAUGGUAAGUGUAUACUUCUAUAAAAAAUUCAACGCGCGCAAUUUUAUUAUUACUAUUACAGCCGUAUGAUGUGAACACGCAGUCGGUACCCAUCGCUCACAAAUUAUUAUGUGUCACUGCGUAUCAGAGUAGUACAUCUUUUUCUUUUCCGAUCAAUUAUUAUUCUUUUUAGACUUUCAAAAUUUACUGCUGGAAAAAAAAAUCUCGAUUUUUUUAAUUUAUUAUAAUUUGCAUACAGAAAAAAAUAUAUACUUAGUCAAAAUAUAAUUGCAUGUGUGAUGUUUGCAAAUGUGAAGACAGAAUUUCGUGUUAUUUCACAUUUCCCUCUAUCCUUAAAAAAUGAUUGUCACACAAACAAUACUCUUCUGUAUGAAAUUCAUAUUUUCUUUUAAAAGUUCUUCUUGUCUGUUUUUCAGUAGAGUAUUAGAGUGUAAUAUUUACCUGUAAAUAUUUAAAACGUUUUUUAAUGGAAAUUAUAUGAAUAUACAUAUAACAUAUACUAGUAUUUAAACUGUAAAUAAUUUAUUUCAUUAGUCGUUUAGCAAUAUUUAACUACAUACGUUAUAAUAUUAUGUGUACGGUUUCAAUGAAACCGUGAAUAACCGUACCUAUGUCUGAAAAAUAGGUACUUUGUUGUGAAAUAAUUGUUUUAUUUAUAUUAUUAGGUAAAUAUCAAAAUAAAAUUGAGUUUUCACGUAUAAUCGUGUUAUACAUCGACAAUUACACGUACACAAAUAAAUAAAUUUCGAAUAUGAAAUCAAUUUUAAUAUUAAAUUAUACAUGUAUGUAGUUAUCAGGUAUAUAGAUACUCGGUAAUAUAUUUUAAAUAUUAUUCAGUACAAUUAUCAAAUAAGAUCACUAAGAUUAAUCCGUGUAUUAUAGAAGACUGAGGUUUGAGGCUGUAACUAAUUUGUAUAAUCAUCUAUCACACGACCAUGACUAUUUAAAAACAGUACCUACCCAUUGCAGGCUAUAACAAUUGAUUUGGAGGACAAAAUCGCCAUUCUUUGUUUUUACAAAUACCUAUGUAGGUGAUAGCUAUAAAACCUGCUAUAGUUAUCUAUAGACUAUAGUUCAAGUAAACUAUACUACAGCUAUUGUUUGUGUGUAUUGGUUUGGUUCCUAUGCAACGUUAACCCUUCUGCAGUUCCUGCAGUCGAUAAUAACCAUACAAUCUAUGAGUUAUGACCCGAAAUGAAAGGUCCUGUCGUCCUGAUAUGUAUGCCAUUAUGGCACCUAUAUAUUUACCAACGCGGUUAAAUCAAAAUCAUAAUAAAUAAUAAUACAAUGUUGUAUAAUAUUAUAAAAGUAGAAUAGAAAUCUAGAUCGAGAAAAACAAUAAUACAUUUUUUCUCUUAUGAUUUCAACGCAAUGUUCGUGAUAUAAUUGAUCAAAGUGUAUGUGCUGUUUAAUGUUUAUAUAAUGGUAUACGACCUAAUUUUUACAUUUUAAAUAAACUAGGUACCUGACCUAACCUUACAUACUCGUGAGUGACAUUAGUCAGGUAAGCGUAUGUAUUCGUUUUCAUUACGAACAAAUGUCGUUCAUGAUUAAAUAUUUCUUUUUUAAUCGUGUUUUUAAAAUUUUUCUAUCAGAGUACCGGAUUGACAAUAUUCGAAUAUUUUAAAGAUGAUUUCACUUAAAAUUCAAAAUGUUGUACCUACUAUAGAAAGACAUAAUAUUAUAAGUAUGUCUUACAAUAAACAAAAAAAAAAAAAUUUGGUAUAUAUACACUCCACACUCUUGAAUUAGUACAUUAUACAUACACUUGGGAGUGGUUAAACGGGAGGAGGGAGAGACUAAAAUACUUGGGUCCUGCUCCUUCAAACAUGUAACAAUAGAUCAAUUAUUAAUUUAUAACAAAUAAUACAACAUAGUAUGUCAUUUUGUAAAAUAUAUAUAUUUAUAUUGUAGAAUAUUGUUACCAUAUAAUAUCGAUAAAAAAAAAAAAAUAACAAUAAUAGUAAUUACAGAAAAUUCACAAAAUAUAAAUGAGUUUAUAAAAAAAUUAAAGAAGGGGAUAUGGCAUACUGAUCCCUUCUCCUGUGGGCACGCUAUCUGAUCUAUAUCGAAUAAGUAAAAACAUUCACUUCAAUACCCGUGAAGUUAACUGAGCAUAUAGUAUUUAUAGCGAUGACGUUCGGUACUUCUUUUAAGUAAGAGACACGUCGCAAUAUAUUAUUCAUCCUAAUCCACAUUCACCACACGACACGUCACUUCUUAAGCAAUCGUUUUUAUUUUAAUCAUCAUUCGGAGACACUACUUAUUAUCUGCAUUUCAUUUUUUGAUUUCUUAAUCUAUAUAAGACAUAAAAAAAAUCGAAUAAUUAUAUUAAUAUUAUUUGAUCUAAUAAUAUAACUUAUAACUGUAUAUGUAGCACGUAUAGGGGCUACGUUUAUACAUUUUAUGCAAUUCCAUGCAUGACUAUUUCAAUUAUUAUACUUAAUAUUUAUUAUCAAUUAUCAUUAUUGAUUUUUUUCAGACCAACAUUUAAAUAUACACCUAGGUAUAUAUAGGGAGUGAUUGACCUUAUAAGUAAUUAUUUUUAGUUUUCUUUAAUUGAUAAUAUCACAUGGGAAUCAUAACCAUAGCCAUAUAAUUUAUAUAGAUAUAGAUACUCUAAAUAUAUAUAUAUUUAGUAAAAAUCGAUUAUUGUAUUAUUAAUAAGUAUUAACUAAUAUAAUAUUAACCAAUUUAUUACCAAAACUGUUAAAGACCUUGGUGUAAUUUUUUCAUAUGAUUUAUGUUUUCGUGAAUACAUUUAGUGUAUCGUGAAGAAAUCUUCAAAAACAUUAGGUUUUAUUAAACGUCAAUCGUCUGUGUUUUUAGAUCCUAGGUCUUUUAAAGCCCUUUACACGGGUCUUGUUAGGUCUAUUUUGGAAUACGAUUCUAUUAUUUGGAGCCCUUAUACUAAAUUAGAAAACGAUUCAAUCGAAAGAGUCCAAAAUCGGUUCCUCAAAUACUUAGCUUUUAAAAUAUAUUUUCAGUUGGAACCUCACGAGUACGAAUCUAUCCGUUUACAUUCUAAUUUACCAUUACUGGCUUCUAGAUGGGAAGCGACGGAUAUACGACGGAUAUACUCGUAUUCUUUGUUUAUAAUCUCAUUAAUGGUCUUAUAAAUUCUACUUAUUUACUUGAAAACAUUCACUUUAAUGUUCCCUCACACCAUCCCAGAUACCUGACUCUUUUUUAACUUCUCUUAUCAUAAUAUCAACUUUGCUAAAAGUUCACUUCUUUUCAGAGCAAUGUCGCAUUACGCAACAAUACCCUAACUUUGAUUUUUUUUCUUGAUGAUUUAUCUAAAAUAACUAAAUUGCAUGUUAAUUAUUGUUAAUAUCUAUUAUAUUAUCUUUUAUCAAAUUUAUCGAUUUUACAUCCAAUCACUUAUAACCGCGUAUAUCCUAUUGUUUUUAUUGCAUAUUUGUAUGUAUUAUUUUUGUUUAAUUGGGUUCACGCCCGUUUUAUUUCAACGAAUAAAUUAUUAUUAUUAUUAUUAAUUUUCCUAUGGGUUUUCAUAAUAAAUGGAAAAAACGUGAAAUAUAAAAUUAAUUAUUUUCAAAUUGUAAAUAUUAUGGCCUUUCAAAAUAUAUGUAACCAAACUCUACUCGGAAUCGUUGCGUACUGAUUUACAUUAAAUUACAUCUUUAUAUCCUACCUUCUUAACUUAUAUACAAGAGUGGCCUAUCCAUCCUGCGAAGUAUGUCCGUUUUUUUUAGAUUCCGAGCGUAGCCAGGGAGUUAUUGGUUUUACUAAGACGUUUAUUUAUUUUUUUAUUUUUCUUUGUUCUAGUCUGUAGACGUUUUUUCCUAAUAAACUUGCUCCGAUUUUUACGUAUAGCAUCUUUUCUGAAAGUUCAAGUUUUCUAGAUUGUACUUUAAACAAGUCACUUUUUGAUUUUUGACGCCAUUUAUUAAAUAAAAGCAUUUAAGUGGGAAAAACGUGGAAAACGUACAAUUUCAUGAUUUCAUUAUUUUAUAAAAAGACGGACGACGUUUUCUACCGGAAAAAAUGUUUUAAAAAUCACAAGAUACCUUUUUUGUUGAAUUUUUGAUUUACUUUCUAACGGUAUAAUUGCCAACACUUUUGAGCUUUUUUGAGCUUUUAAGAAAUUUUAAUUUUUGGGAGUUUUUGCUGUUAUUCGGUUAUAAAUACACGUAGAGACUUAAAACUUGAUAAUAAUACUUAUAUUGGUCUUACCUAGACGUGUUAAAAUUUCCAAAAUCAUCGGACGACUUUUUUUUUAAUGAGAAUUUUGAAAUCAAAUUUAAACAAAAAUCGCAAACAUUUUUCGUUCGGAAUCGUCACUCAUCAAGCAAUGGUUUAUCGUUGCUUACAGAUAUAAAUAAAAUAACCUUACUUAUCCUACCUUCCCAACUUUUCACCUAUAACAGAGGCCGCUCCCAUCCCCAGUAUCAGCUCUAUUUUUCAUAGUUGAUACUCAUAAUAAUAUACUAUAAAAUAUUUACAUUUUAAUUUGUUUAAUGUUAUAUUUAUUAGCCUAUCUGAAACAGUUAUUUUCAUUAUUUCAUAAUAUAGCUUUCAAAAAAAUCAUUCAGUUGUAUUAUUAUAUUAUUACGAGUUGCAUUACAUAAUAAAAAGUUAAAAAAUGUAAAAAUAAAUUACGUUCUACACAAUUAUCAUAAGUUACGGUUUCGUGAUUUCAAAUAAAAAUAAAAAUGCGUAAUACUCGUUGGUAGAAAUGGUAGACAGAGUACAUUAAAUCCGAAUAGUGUAGGUUACAACGUUGUUAUUUUUAGAUAGAAAAUAAUCAGUAAAAUAAGUGAGAAAAUAAUACGUAUAGUAUGCCGUAUAUAUGUUUAGAUGUAUAAUGUAUUGUACACAGAUGUAAUUUAUUAUAGUAAAAUAUAUAUUAAGUAUAGUAAUUAAAAGUAAAGAAAUUGAGUUAUUAAAAAAUAUCCACACACAAAUUACACAUAAUUGCAUAAUUAUCGAACACAUUUUAGUAUAGGUACUGUUUUUGUAUUUAUAUUAUUAUGUGCGAGUAUAAUAUAUUAUACUCUUGUAGUGAUUUUGUUUAAAGCAACAAAAAUCUAAAACUCCAUACCUAUACAAAAUUGUGUUUAAUUACAAACUACCUAACUACUUAGAAUGUGACAAUAAAUUAACCUACAUUUUAAUAAUUAGUAUGUUUGUUGAAUAGAAUACAAUAUAUAGGAAAUAGCCAAUAGGUUAUGAUCAUUGAUUUUAUAAUAUACUAUUGUCCACUAUAAGAUCAAUGGUUAUAAUGUUUUGUACAACAAAUAAAAAAUAUUGUCACAGAACAUAAAAAUAUAUAGUUCUAUGUAUCUAUAUAAGAUAUAAUAUAUUGUUCUUCUUCAUACUCGCUUUAUAAAGUUAAAAUUUGUUUUUCUCUUAUCCUAUACUGUAUUUUAAUUUUAAAGGCCAAGCCAUUGGAUGUAAACCGUUAUGCCACUAAAAAAACCAUUGCUCAGGGGAUGUUGGAUAUUGCUCUGUUGACUGCCAACGCGAACCAAUUGAAAUAUAUACUCCAAGUGGGCCAAAAACACGAGUUCUACAAACCACUGCUAGUACUUAUCGCUACUUCUAUAUUUUUACAAGUGAGUACAUCUAUAAUCUAUAUCGUCCCGCAGCAAACACAGUUCACCGUUAUAUCGUAGUUUAAACAUGAAUAAUUAAUUCCCUACAAUGAAAUCAACAUAAUAAAAAAAAAAAAAUGAAAUUAUUCGUUUGUUUUAUGAUUACCCUCAAGGUGUUCAUGGGAGUGAUAUUCCUAUCUCUUAACUUGCUCCGGGAUUGUCGGUUUCAUUUGAUCGAAUACAAAACGUCGUCAUUGAUCAUUAACCAAGUGCCGGUCGUGUGCACUUUUAUGGUGUUUGUGAUCAACAUAAUAAUAGGAGCUUUUGAUUCUGGCUUAGCCAGUAUCGUACCGACUUCAACAUUUAGCACGCCUUCAGUUCCACUUGGGACUAAUUAGCUGAUGUACGCCUACCGCAUCUCAGUUUACUUAUCUAUUAUGUAUAUCAUUUUAUACGGUUAAUAAAUUUAAAAAAAAAAAAAAUAUUUCUGAGAAUUAUUUACAAAAUAUGUAUUGGUAAAUAAUCGUAAUAAUAAUAUUAUAAUAUAAGUGUACAAGAAAAGGUGAUGGUAUCGACUUGGGAGCGAAAAGGAUAAAUUAUCUAUGUAUUUAACAGUACAUUUAUUGUAUCUAGGAACUUCAAUUCAUGAAAGACACAUUUUCAGUCGGAAAAACCGUGAACUUUUAUAUACGUACUUAUAAGUACCUAUAUAAUAUAAUAUGUACUUUACAUCGAUUACACAUAAUAUUUUUAAAUGUAUUCUGUUCUAUAUAUAUAUAAUAUAUUAUAGGUGCUGGUUGGUGGGAUAUUCUUGGUUGUUGGCGGUCUGGACAUUAAGAAAGAAAAUGACCAAAGGAAAUGUUUGAUUUUAAAUGACAUCUCUGUCAUAAUGGUCUUCCUAAUUACUGUGAUCAAUAUAACAAUAUCUGGUUUUGGGUUUGAUGUUAGUUCUUCGAUGGACACAAAUUUGAAAAAAUUAAAUUAAGUAUUCAAAAAGUCAGUAUACCUUUCACCUUUUCAUAAAAUUACAAAAAAAAAAAAAAUAAAAUAUUUUUUAUUGUAAAAUUGUUUCCAAGUAAUAAUAAUAUACCUAAAAUAUUG